ACAAUUAAUUGCAUUUUUCGCGUAUAUAAAGAACUACCCUCAGGACUAAACGUUGUUUUAGUUAAAUGUCUAAAACGUCGUCGUAUUAACUCAGUUAUUCGUCGCAUCGAAUCAUCGGAGGUGAUGGAGGCACCGGAGUGCCCGGUGUGUCUACAGUCUUUCGACGGCGAGUCUACAGUCCCGCGUGUACUCGCCUGCGGACACACGGCGUGCGAAGAAUGCUUAACGAAUCUACCCAAGAAGUUUCCGGACACAAUCCGAUGUCCUGCUUGCACCGUUCUCGUCAAGUUUCCUCCUCAAGGACCAUCAGCUCUCCCCAAAAACAUCGAUCUUCUCAGAUUGUUCCCUUCUAUUUCGAAGAUUAAGCUGGAACCUGGUCGGAAUUUUAAAAAAGCCGUUGAAUUUGUCAUUCGAUCAUGGUCCGACGACUUUUACGCCACUUGGAAGGAUCGGAUCCUAGUGCACGACGCCGUUUCCGUGGAAAUUAGGGAGAGUGAAAGUAGUGAUUUUGCUUCAGCUUCGCUUUUAUGCGGAAGUCUGAGGGAUGAUUUGAAGGUGAGUCUUUUACGGGUUGCUUCGUUUGAGCAUGAUGAUUGUGAUUCUGUUCUCAAGUAUAGUUAUGUCCUGAGGAUGAUGAGUUGUCUGUGGGGGAUGAGAGAGGAGGAAAUAGAUGAGCUUGAUGCGAUCAUCUCUGUUAAACUGAGAGGUGUUUCUAAAGUUUUUGGCUUGUGGGGUGAUUUGAAGAAUGGUGUUUUGUAUUUAGUGGGUGAAAAGCUUACUGGGUUUUUGUUGGAGUUUGAUAGCCUCACUGAAGAUGAUACUUCACGUGUAGCGAUAAUUGGUAUGCAAAUAUGUGAGGCACUACUCAAUUUGCAUAAGGAAGGGUUGAUCACAGGCUGUUUGAGUGUUUCUUGUGUGAAGUUUGACGAAUUUGAGAAUGCUUAUGUUGAUUUGAUUGAGUUGAUUGAAACUGGAAGGAAUGUGUAUCGAAUAAUCGCUGAAGAAACUAGCUCUUUUAGCAAACCAGUUGGUGCUUCGGAAAUGGGUUUGAUUUUGGUUAGAUUACUACAAAAGGGGAUUUUUUUGAGCUCAGAGGUGUUGUUUGAAUUGUUGAAAGAACAGAAUAUGUUGAUAAAAGAUUCCGGCUCAAAAUCUUUGGUUUCAUAUAACUCUGAUGUUUGGCCAGUUUGUUUUCUUGUCCUCAAGCUUCGUCUUGGAGAACGGUUUAUGGAGGAGCUUAUUGAAAGUGUAAAUUGUGUGGAUGCAAAAGGGUGUGAAGAGGGUAUUGAGGAUCUCUUGGUGCUAUACACAGGUAUUACGGAGAAACUAAGUUUGGAAUCUGAACUCCAAGGGAAGUUUAAAACGAUGGUUGAAAUUCUUCGCCAAUGUUGCCGUCUUGAUCCUCAGGCACGUCCUGUUUUGACUGAUCUAUGGAAAUGCAUCAGGGAGCUGGUGGUGAAACCUAGGUUCAAUUCUAUGACUGGAUUGCAUAAGACGAUUUCUGGGAAAAGGAAAGAGUUCUGUUUGGCUCGAAGUGAAUUAUGUCGUCUGGUAGAAGUGGAAUCCAAAGAACUGGGCGAAGAGUUGCCUGGAAUGAAAACUGGCGAAGAAGCAGAGGAGGGUAAGGUUGACAUAGAUUUUGCUAGGAGACUCUCAGAAGGAAAGGUGAAAUCUAAAGACAUGCGGGGACACCAAGACUCUGUCACAGGUUUAGCGGUUGGAGGUGGGUUUCUCUUCAGCUCCUCAUAUGAUAGAACUAUCCAUAUAUGGUCUCUGAAGGACUUCUCCCAUGUGCAUACAUUUAAAGGUCAUCAGGAUAAAGUAAUGGCCUUGAUACACAUCGAGGGAACAGAAUCAGUAUGUGUCAGUGGCGACGGUGGAGGAGGUAUCUUUGUCUGGAGCACUACUUUCCCUCUGAAAGAACAGCCACUAAGAAAGUGGUACGAGCCAAAAGACUGGCGAUAUACUGGCAUUCAUGCAUUGGCAUACUCACAAUAUGGGCAUGUGUACACUGGCAGUGGAGAUAACACUAUCAAAGCUUGGUCACUGCAAGAUGGAAGCCUGGUUGGCACUAUGAGUGGUCAUAAAUCUGUAGUCUCAACGCUUGUUGUGGUAAAUGGAGUACUGUACAGUGGAAGUUGGGAUGGUACAGUUCGUUUGUGGAGUCUAAGUGACCACAGUUUGUUGACAGUGUUGGGUGAAGAGACUCCAGGUAUUGUAAGAUCUAUUCUGUCACUAGCUGCAGACGAUCAAACCCUAGUGGCUGCUUAUCAAAACGGAGAUAUACAGAUAUGGAGGGAUGAUACAUUGAUGAAGUCAAUGCAAAUACAGAGUGGGGCAAUCCUCAGCAUUGCCGUGAAUGGUAAAUGGCUAUUCACUGGAGGUUGGGACAAAACUAUCAAUGUACAGGAAUUGUCAGGAGAUGAGAUAUCAGUAGACUGUACUCACGUAGGUUCAAUCCCGGGUUCAUCGGUAAUUACAUCUUUGUUAUAUUGGGAAGGCAAGCUCUUUGCAGGGUUUGCAGAUAAAACCAUUAAGGUAUACUAUUGUGGACUCUAACAAAAACUAGAGUGUGGUCAUCUUGUUCCUGAAGAUUCUUUCUUCCAUAAGUUAGUUUCUUCCGUAGAUGUAUAUGUGUAUUUGAUUAUUUCGUACCAAUCUGUAAUCUGUUUAUAACUUUAUAUAUACGUGAUUUGCAUCUUUCUUAUUUCUCUUAGAACUUUGUUUAUACUGUACGUUGACUUGAGAUCAAAUCAAUACAAGAAGAGAUAAAUUCUUAA